AACAUCAUGAAGUCAUUUGUUGAACAUUUGCCCCUCUGGCCAGCAGGUGGCCAAGUGGACCGGAGACAUGUUCAACAAGGGCAUCUAUGACAUCCACAUUCAGCUGAGGGGAGUGCCGCUUCUGGACUGGGAGACUGAGGUGGAGAUGGACAAGUUGACGGCCAGCGACAUCAUGGAGCCCAACCUGACCUACGUGUACCCGCACACCCGCGUCCAGUCCCUGGUCAGCAUCCUGCGGACUACCAUUUAUCACGCCUUCCCCGUGGUCACCGAGAAUCGCCAGAACGAGCGGGACUUCAUGAAGGGAAACAUCCUGGUCAGCAACAACAUCCACUUCAAGAAAUCCAGCAUCGUGUCGCGUGCCGGCGAGCAACGGCGCCGCUGCCAGUCCAUGAAGUCCUACCCCUCCAGCGAACUCAGGAACGUGUGCGACGAACAGGCAGCUGUGGUAGAGCCGGCCGGGGAGGGAGAGGACCUCUUCCAGCAGAUGUUGGACAGGAGGCAUAUGCCGUACCCCAACCUGUGCCCAGACCAGUCCCCCAGCGAGGAGUGGACCAUGGAGGAGCGUUUCCGACCGCUGACCUUCCACGGCCUCAUCCUGCGCUCUCAGCUGGUCAACCUGCUCAUGAGAGGCGUCUGUUACGCUGAGAACCAGUCGAGUGCCAGCCAGCCCAGGUUGACGUACGCAGAGAUGACAGAAGACUACCCCCGCUACCCCGACAUCCACGACCUGGACCUGACCCAGCUCAGCCCCCGCAUGAUCGUGGACGUGACUCCUUACAUGAACCCGUGUCCUUACACCGUGUCGCCCAGCACCCGCAUCUCGCAGGUCUUCAACCUCUUCAGGACCAUGGGCCUGCGACAUUUACCUGUGGUCAACGCCGUGGGAGAAAUGGUGGGGAUCAUCACCAGACAUAACCUGACCCACGAGUUCCUCCUGGCCAAACUUCGACAACAUUCCAUCACCAUUUAACGGCCUUACGUUUCUUCACUUCUUCAACGCUCUUUUCCCACCAUUCCAAUCGCCAAGAAGGUCCAGCUACAGUCGAGGUACCAAGCAGACGUCUGUGAAAAACAAUGUGAGCGUUGGACCUCAAAGCGAGCGCUCUUGACAGAUAAAUACCAAAACGUGCUGGUUCAGGGAUGGCUGCUAAGUUCAGUACUUUUACAGGAGCCAACAAAACCAACCUCUCUGAUUGAAAAGCGCUCGAAAGCAAUCUUCUGCUUUUCCAUAAUGCACUAGCUCGAUGCUAAUGUGCAUUAGAUACGCCAUAUACAUGCUACUGAUUAGCAUUAGCAAUUUUACAUGGCGACGUCAACACCUCCGUGUUUAGGUAUGUAAAAAGUACAAUAUUUACAGUAUAAACACUUUGUAGGACCCAACAAAGGACGAGACUGAGACAUUUAACGUCAUGGCAAAGACUACUUCUCAAAGCGAAUGCUCUUGACGGAUAGAAAACAACACGUGCUAGUUUAGGGAUGGCUACUAAGUUUGGUACUUUUGCAGGAGCCAACAAAACCAACCUCUCUGAGUGAAAAGCGCUCGAAAGCAAUCCUCUGCUUUCCCAUAAUGUGCUAGCUCAAUGCUAAUUUGCAUUAGAUAGGCCAUAUACGUGCUACUGAUUAGCAUUAGCAAUCUUACAUGGCGACGUCAACACCUCCGUAUUUGGUAAGUGACAGUGUGUAAAAAGUACAAUGCUUACAGUACAAACACUUAGGACAAGACUAGGACAUUUAACAUCAUGGCAAAGACUACUUCUCAAAGCGAAUGCUCUUGACGGAUAGAUACCAACACAUGCUGGUUUAGGGAUGGCUACUAAGUUUGGUACUUUUGCAGGAGCCAACAAAACCAACCUCUCAGAUGGAAAAGCGCUCCAAAGCAAGCCUCCACUUUUCCAUAAUGCACUAGCUCAAUGCUAAUUUGCAAUAGAUACGCCUUAUGCAUGUUACUAAUUAGCAUUAGCAAUUUUACAUGGCGACGUCAACACCUCCGUGUUUAGGUGUGUAAAAAGUACAAUAUUUACAGUAUAAACAUUCUGUAGGGCCCAACAAAGGACGAGACUGGGACAUUUAACGUCAUGGCAAAGACUACUUCUCAAAGCGAAUGCUCUUGACGGAUAAAUACCAACACGUGCUAGUUUAGGGAUGGCUACUAAGUUUGGUACUUUUGCAGGAGCCAACAAAACCAACCUCUCUGAGUGAAAAGCGCUCCAAAGCAAGCCUCCACUUUCCCAUAAUGCACUAGCUCAAUGCUAAUUUGCAAUAGAUACGCCUUAUGCAUGUUACUAAUUAGCAUUAGCAAUUUUACAUGGCGACGUCAACACCUCCGUGUUUAGGUGUGUAAAAAGUACAAUAUUUACAGUAUAAACACUUUGUAGGACCCAACAAAGGACGAGACUGAGACAUUUAACGUCAUGGCAAAGACUACUUCUCAAAGCGAAUGCUCUUGACGGAUAGAAAACAACACGUGCUAGUUUAGGGAUGGCUACUAAGUUCAGUACUUUUGCAGGAGCCAACAAAACCAACCUCUCUGAUGGAAAAGCGCUCCAAAGCAAGCUUCCACUUUUCCAUAAUGCACUAGCUCGAUGCUAAUGUGCAUUAGAUACGCCAUAUACAUGCUACUGAUUAGCAUUAGCAAUUUUACAUGGCGACGUCAACACCUCCGUAUUUGGUAAGUGACAGUGUGUAAAAAGUACAAUACUUACAGUACAAACACUUACGACAAGACUAGGACAUUUAACGUCAUGGCAAAGACUACUUCUCAAAGCGAAUGCUCUUGACGGAUAGAUACCAACACAUGCUACUUUAGGGAUGGCUACUAAGUUUGGUACUUUUACAGGAGCCAACAAAACCAACCUCUCAGAUGGAAAAGCGCUCCAAAGCAAGCUUCCACUUUCCCAUAAUGCACUAGCUCAAUGCUAAUUUGCAAUAGAUACGCCUUAUGCAUGUUACUAAUUAGCAUUAGCAAUUUUACAUGGCGACGUCAACACCUCCGUGUUUAGGUGUGUAAAAAGUACAAUAUUUACAGUAUAAACACUUUGUAGGACCCAACAAAGGAAGAGACUGAGACAUUUAACGUCAUGGCAAAGACUACUUCUCAAAGCGAACGCUCUUGACGGAUAGAUACCGACACGUGCUAGUUUAGGGAUGGCUACUAAGUUCAGUACUUUUGCAGGAGCCAACAAAACCAACCUCUCUGAGUGAAAAGUGCUCCAAAGCAAGCCUCCACUUUUCCAUAAUGUGCUAGCUCAAUGCUAAUUUGCAUUAGAUAGGCCAUAUACAUGCUACUGAUUAGCAUUAGCAAUUUUACAUGGCGACAUCAACACCCCCGUAUUUGGUAAGUGACAGUGUGUAAAAAGUACAAUACUUACAGUACAAACACUUAGGACAAGACUAGAACAUUUAACAUCAUGGCAAAGACUACUUCUCAAAGCGAAUGCUCUUGACGGAUAGAUACCAACACAUGCUACUUUAGGGAUGGCUACUAAGUUUGAUACUUUUACAGGAGCCAACAAAACCAACCUCUCAGAUGGAAAAGCGCUCCAAAGCAAGCCUCCACUUUCCCAUAAUGCACUAGCUCAAUGCUAAGUUGCAAUAGAUACGCCUUAUGCAUGUUACUAAUUAGCAUUAGCAAUUUUACAUGGCGACGUCAACACCUCCAUGUUUAGGUGUGUAAAAAGUACAAUAUUUACAGUAUAAACACAUUGUAGGACCCAACAAAGGAAGAGACUGAGACAUUUAACGUCAUGGCAAAGACUACUUCUCAAAGUGAAUGCUCUUGACGGAUAGAUACCGACACGUGCUAGUUUAGGGAUGGCUACUAAGUUUGGUACUUUUGCAGGAGCCAACAAAACCAACCUCUCAGAUGGAAAAGUGCUCCAAAGCAAGCUUCCACUUUUCCAUAAUGUGCUAGCUCAAUGCUAAUUUGCAUUAGAUAGGCCAUAUACAUGCUACUGAUUAGCAUUAGCAAUCUUACAUGGCGACAUCAACACCUCCGUAUUUGGUAAGUGACAGUGUGUAAAAAGUACAAUGCUUACAGUACAAGACUAGAACAUUUAACAUCAUGGCAAAGACUACUUCCUGGCUGCAGCAACACACUGAAAGGAGUGUGUCCUUGCAAGUGAGACUCAGAAGUGUAAGAAAAUAUUAAGAGUGUAAAUGAAAAGAAAAUAUUUGACAAGUCAGCAUGUGUUACAGCAAAGAAAAACACAGCCGGGGCUAAAAAGUGAAAGUAGCCAUCCUUAGUACAGUUUCACAAUUGUACUUUCAUAUUUCUCUCUUCUCAUUAUCACCCAUUAUUAGACUCUUUGUUUGUAUUUACUGAUAUUGCUUUGUUUUAUUAAAGGUGUUGAAAUGA